UGUCAGAAACGCUCGAUACGCUAAUCAAGCUGAUCUUUUGGUCGAAACGACUUGCUCAUCGUGUGCAUUUGCCAUUCCGCCCCACCUCAAUGAAGCUUCUCCUGUCUCUGCUGUCCGCAGCGUUCUGCAUCAUCGCUGUGGCCGCUGAGCCUCCCGUGCAGCUCAAUGGCUGGUAUCCGUGCUCGCAGAGCUCGCUGCAAGCCGACGACAUGAACAAAGGUCACCCAGAUCAGUAUUACAUGGAGACAGCCAGCGAUUCGAAUACCCGACGUAGAGCUGCAGCUGAAGUGCAGCAGACCCCGGCAUCCUCACUGCCGUUUCUGCAGCAGUCGUUCGACCGUUUAUUCGCUCAUCACAGCGACUGGAAGCAACAGGGACAGCGAACACACCAUCACCACAGUACGCACCAUAAAUCAGCGGAAGAUGCAACACCAGGCAUCCCGCAGUACGAGUGUGCUGAAUUCCGUGUACCCAUGUGCUAUGAUGGAGUGUGUGAGAGCGAUAACACCAUAAACGUGUUCGUUAAGCGUGUCAAAGCGACAGGUACGCCCGACGGUCAGAAAGGGAAGGCGCUGUGGGUGCUGCAAGGAGGACCUGGGGCAUCUUCGACUGGAGUGGAGGGACUAAUGAACACAAUGUACUUGGAGCUGGACAGACAGGUCAGUGUCUAUACGUUCGAUCAUCGCGGAACCGGACGCAGUGCCAGACUCGAGUGUCAAGCAGCACAAGCUGGAGCUCUGGGCAGUCCCGGUGGCUCAGCCAUUCGACUGGAUGAACUGCCCGCGUGUAUGGAUGAUAUUCGCUUCCAGGUUGACAACCAGACGGCUGCAUUCUCGGUCACUAGCGCUGCCAAGGACUUGGCUGCGAUUAUCAACUAUGAACUCAGCGAUCAAGACGUAUUCGUGUAUGGACUAAGUUACGGCACGUAUCUGGUCGAGAGACUGGUACAUUUCGCACCAGCGAGUGUGAAAGGGUUCUCUGUUGACGGAAUUGUAUCAGAGAGUGGAGACACAGUGGAGAAGCGCUCGACGUUCUCCAACUGGGACCACGACGUCGGUGUUGUAGGGGACCGCUUCCUUGCUGCUUGUUUGGCUGAAGAUUUUUGCAAGAGCAAAUUCCCAGGCGUAUCGGAUCUCUCGGCCUUCGUCCACGAACUCUAUGAUACGCUGGAUGCUGCUGUAGCUGAUGGUAAGAAAAAGAUUAACGCCUGUGCUGAUGCAUUGUCGACGAACGGCAAGAAACCCUCCUAUUUGCUCCGUUCUACCUUUGGAGAAUACCUCAUGUCUGACCGUUUGCGCAUCGCGAUUCCUGCUGUGAUAUACCGCGCGUCCCGAUGUACCGACCAAGAUGCUGAUGCCCUUGGUUACUUUGCCGAAGGGGCUGCUUAUUCGGAGGACGAUGGUGGUUUUGGUGACUCGGAGCCGGAGACGCUGCUUUUUGACUCGGAUAUGCUUUACUACCUGAUCGUAUUUUCUGAAAUGUGGGAAUCCCCCACUCCUGACAAGGCGACGCUGGUUAAUUGGUACGAAAACUCGACGAUGGCGUCGGAUAACUACUUGUCACUCCCGUAUUACUGCCUGUUCACUGGAAGCCGUGAACAUGCGUGUCAAGAGCUCAUUCACCUGCCAAUCGCUCGGCCUCUAGUGUACGAUCGUGAUCAGUACUGGAACAAGACAGGAGAACUCCCUGACGGCGUCACAGCUCUGCUUAUGACAGGUGGAAUGGAUCUGCAGACACGUCGUAUGUAUGGAGAACUGGAGUAUGAAGCGAUGAGCGGCGAGCGCAUGCUCGUGAACUUUGACGACGCAGGCCAUUGCACGACCUUCACGACUCCGGUGAACAGUGGCGGUGCCACCUGCGGUGUACGUAUUCUAGCGUCCUACGUGAAGGAAAAUGGUGUUUUGAAGAACGUGGACACGAGCUGUAUGGAUGACCUGAAGCCCAUGACAUUCUCGGAGGAUGUCGUGGACGCGCAAGAACUGUUUGGUACGAAUGAUCUGUACGAGAGCUCGGGUUCAGAUUGGUAGAGGUGAAAGUAGAAGAAUGUAGUUAGUAUUCCAUAGAAUUGAACCAGGCCGCAGUUUUCGCUAUCAACCCCGUCACGGCCAAGCCACGAUAUAAAUGACUAUUUCGGCAAUGCCCGUGCAACUUUAUCGUUGAGAUUCCCAAGGGCAUUGAGCACAAGAUUGAGGUGAACAAUCUUAACAGCAAAUAGAACACGAACCCCCAUGCGGGUCAAAACAGUACUCCCCGAUCGGGUCGUGAAAAAAAAUCUUACUUUAGUUGC